GCUGCCGCCGCCGCCGCCGCCGCCGCGGAAGGGGCGGCUCCGCUGGGCUCGGGAGGCAGAGCGGCGGCGGCGCCGGCAGAGAGCGCGAGCGGCCGGCGGGGGCAGCGGCAGCGGCGGACGAGGCGAGGGCCGAGCCAGGCUCCCCUUCUUCGCGCGGGAAGGAUGGUGAAGCUGGGCGGCCCCUUGGGCGAGAAGAGCGGCAAGGCGGCGGCGGCGGCGGACGGCUUCGACACCAUCCCCCUGAUCACCCCCCUGGACGUCGGGCAGCUCCAGUUCCCCCCGCCGGACAAGGUGGUGGUGAAGACAAAGACGGAAUAUGAGCCUGAUCGAAAGAAAGGGAAAUUUCGUUCUCCCAGAAUUGCAGAAUUCACAGUCAGCAUCACUCAAGGCAUCUCAGAACGUUUUAAGGUGACUGCCCUGAUCCUGUUUGCCCUGGCAUUCCUUACCUGCGUUGGGUUCCUGGUGGUCUACAAGGUCUAUAAGUACGACCAAGCCUGCCCAGAAGGUUUCAUCUCCAAGAACAAUCAAUGCAUUCCGGCUGGAUUGGAGAGCUACUAUUCUGAACAAGACUCUAGCCCCCGAGGAAAGUUUUACACGGUGAUCAACCACUACAACCUGGCCAAGCAGACCAUCACCCGGUCAGUUUCUCCAUGGAUGACGGUGCUUUCGGAAGAGAAACUUUCUGAGCAGGAGACGGAGGCAGCUGAGAAAUCUGUUUAGGAGAAUGAGUCUGAUGGAGAAGGGGUCUGGAGGUGGUUUUCAUGGAAUGUCUCAUUGUUAGGAUCACUUAGAGGUUGCUCAUAAUUUAUGGUGUAAUUGCUUUGGUUGCCGAUAACUGCUUUGCGAAAGGGAGCAACGAAAAAGAAAUUGGGCCAUCAAUGCGGGUCCAGCGCGCAUCAGCCUCCCUGUAGAGUUCUAGCACCGAUUUCUCUUUCGGUGGCAUCGAACUUGGGCACAUUCUUGUAAUUCAGACAUCUGGCCAGAGUCACUCAGGCAGGGCCUGUUGGCGUGAGACAGCCUCUGCUGCGUCCGCCCUGGUGUUUCCCUUCCUGUUAAAUCUGCUCUGAAAUCCAAAUAUUCGCGGGAAAUAAAACCGGCCUGAUUUUGCUCACUAUAUCCAUUACCUUCAGGCUUAAUUGCUUCUGUUGUAGCAUGAACUUCACUGUUUCCACUACAUUAAAGAAUCUUGUGCAAACGAAAUAGAAAUUAGACAUUCGAGAGCUAUGUGGUUUUAAUGACAGAUUAGGCGUUUCAACUAAAGGGCAAAAAUAUAAAGGACAAACUAUUCUGAGGGAUAAACAAGAUAGAAACUCCUUAGAUGUAGUCCACGAUGCAAUCUGUGUCACUAGAAAGGACGUAUUUUAUUAGAACGGCCUCUUUCGCAGACCUUAACCUCGUACAGUGCCCUUUGCUGGCAGCAGCGUUGUCGGCCUGCCCUGAAAAGACAUCGGCUCCCUGGAGCUCAGGGGGACUCUGGCACGCCCAGGAACGUAGGGAGGGAGGGAGGGAGGGUGAGGCUGCUUUCUGGACAUAAUAAGCUAAGCACGCACAAGGCCAGGUACCCACUUAUUACGUUUGUUGUUCAAAUGCUCCUCUGCAGUCAUUGUCGAUUCCUUCCCAGAGAGUUUGGGAAAGCUGCCAAGAGCCCCUGCAGCAUAAGCGGCCGAGGGCGCCAGCCUGCUAGGAGGACAUGCGUCAAUCUGACCAGCUUCCCCACUGCUAAGCCCUGUAGGGAUAGAACAGCGGCUCAUUUUAAUCUGGGAAUCUUCCCCUAGGAUGGGAGAUGGCUGGAAAAACAGGGCACCGCACUAGGAAGACCCUCCGUCAGAUUCUGGCGUUGGCUUGUCUGCUGUUCUUCAAAUUACAGGUUGUAGUUAAAAACUGCUGUCAUUUUUGUUCUUCUGAAUGUGUUAUUUCCCAGUGGAAUGUCAAAAGUUUCAUUAAUUUUACCGAAACACACUUUAAAAUAAUCAAAAUAUCUUUUUUUUCUGUACUUGUAGUAAGACAAACAUGGUUCUAGGUUAUAUUUCCUUCCAGAACUUUUUUCAUCAAUCUACUUGGAAAUGCCAUUUAUAGUUUCAUUGAAAGUUUUAAUAUUAAAUAUAGUUACAUAUUGUACAAUUUUUGGUAUAUAAUCGCUGCUAUGUGGAAUACAUAAAAAGCAAUAACUUAUGUGCCAAAUCUUUUCUUUGCAUCGAGUUCUCUCUUGUACACACAAUACCAUGUUUGUAUUCCCUAGUAGUCAGAUGUAACUUUUGACAUUUUCACUCUGUGUAAAAUAAAAUAGUAUGCUGAA